GUGACUGGCGCUGCCACGACUAAUAAUUGUUGUCUGCUAUUGCACGUGCUAGAAAAGAGCCGCUACUGUAUUCUCAUCCGUUUCCCAAGUAUAGGUUUCUCCUUCUUAUAAGCAGAAGUACUGAAGUCCCUGAAGCACUCUGGCACGCCGGAACAUCAGCAAACGUGCUUGAUUCUCUCCGAAGGGGUUAAAGCAUCUGACACUCGCUGGAGAGAAAGUGAAGACCGAAUCGGAUUGACAGCAGGAAGAAGUUACACUGUUCUCCCGACAGCUUUCAGAGGUAGUGAUGGGAUCUGAAGAUUGUGCUGCUUCGACGACACCCAGCGAUGAACCAACCGGUGACGGAACAACCUCGGUCUCGGAUAAGCCACCAGUGAUCCCCCACCCGAUACCGGUUUUAGGACAAAAUGUGUUAGAAAGCGCACCUCCACUUGUCGACGUUUAUGUCGAUCUCAUCGAGAACCGCAAGCUGACGGGCAAAGUGAUCAAGAACCUCUGCGCGGUGAACCCAAUCCCGUCGCUGCACCACCUAAAGCGCGUGAGGAACUUCUACAUCAUCCUGGACUACGUGAAGGACGACACGGCCGAGUCGUGCCUGCGCGGCCUGCGGGCCAGGGGCCUGGACACGGAGGGCCUGCGCUGCCGGCCGGAGGUGCGCCAGGUGCCCCGGCAGCCGCCCAAGACGCGCACCCAGUUCCGCGCCGCGAACGCGCUCUGGCCCUGCAACUUCCGCGAGGACAAGCAGCUCGAGGCGGUGCUGGCGCAGAGCGCCUUCAGCGACGACGAGCUGCGCCACAUGGUGCGCCUCAUGGAGCGCUGCCUCGACGCGGCGGAGGUCAGCCGGAGACUCGGCGGCGACGGCGUGGGCGCUCUGGUGGCUGACCCUGCAUCUGGCGAGGUGGUCGCUGUGGCGUACGACGACCGCGGCAGGCACCCUCUCAAGCACGCCAUCAUGAUGCUGGUCGAGAUGGUCUCCCGCGACCAGGGCGGUGGCUUCUUCGACUGGGAGGUCGACAGAUUCCCCUUCGAAUCAGCUCAUUCAGAAGGCCCAGAAACCAGAGUAUGUGACCCAGCUGCUGUUAGUAGCGGAGAAGUCAAUACAUGCCCAUCAGAGGCGCUUUCCAGCUCUGAAGAAGUCUCCUUACUGCUGGACAGCGAUGUUGCUCGCUUGGCAGAGUGCUACCGAGAUGUUGCCUCGAGUAAAAGUUCCUCUGACCAGAAGUUUGAACGUAACAUUUCAAAUAGUGCUACACCUAUUGUGAGACCAGAUGCCGGUAAUGGUGUCGGGACGGCAGAAUUAGACGAAAAGGCGAAGGGAGAUCAGUACUGUUCUGUAAUAACAGGCAAUGAUAUUUCAUCAGGAUGUGCUGAUGGAGCGACUGGUUGUGGAGACGUGCCUCGUGCGUUAGCUAGUCUCGUUGGUAACAAGAAAGAGGACUGUUCUACCAUUCAAUGUGAUAGUUUGCCUGGGGAAGCCGUCAGGAGUUCUAGACAGACACUGGGGGAGGCGCCCUCGGAGGCGGACUGUGGGUCCGGCACAAAGCGGCGGCGCACGUCCUCGUCGGCGGCAGGUGAUGCUGAGGGCCCGUACCUGUGCACGGGGCUGGACGUGUACGUGACGCGCGAGCCGUGCUGCGCGUGCGCCAUGGCGCUGUUGCACAGCCGCGUGCGGCGCGUGUUCUACGGCUGCGGCCAUCCGCCGGCAGGGGCGCUGGGGUCGCGCGCCGCCCUGCACACGCUGCCCGGCACCAACCACCGCUUCCAGGUGUUCCGCGGCGUGCUCGAGGACCGCUGCCUGCACGCGCUGCGGGCCACCUAGCGGCACUCACCGGAGGCUUAACGGGGACCAUGCUGUGCCUUACCGGAUGAGACUACGCCUUGUGCUCACACAGUGGGCUGCUACACAUUCCAAGUUUAUAAUUGUGUAUUAUGCGUCAGUGUAUUGAA